CCGGACAUGGCGCCGGAGCUGACCCCCGAGGAGGAGCAGUUUUCAGGGCUGAGGACCUGGAGUCAGCUAUGUCUGCUACCUGCUUUUAGAAAGAAUUCUUAGAAGCUGAUUGGUGGUUUGGAGAUGUGGCUGGAAUGCUGGAGCAAGUCCUAUCAUAUGCCAUCUAUCCCCAGCACCAAAAUAGAAUCUAAAGGCUACCAAGCAGUUUCUUGAAGAAAUCAACAAGUGGACAGUACAGUACAAUGUUUCUCCACUCUCUUGGAAUGUGGCUGUCAAGUUCCUUAUGGCCAGAAAGUUUGAUGUACUCCGUGCUGUAGAAUUGUUCCAUUGCUACAGAGAAACGAGAAGGAAGGAAGGUAUUGUGAAGCUGAAACCUCAUGAGGAGCCUCUUCGUUCUGAGAUCCUCAGUGGAAAGUUUACCAUCUUGAAUGUUCGAGACCCAACUGGAGCCUCCAUUGCCCUUUUCACUGCCAGGUUACAUCAUCCCCACAAGUCUGUCCAGCACGUGGUACUCCAGGCCUUGUUUUACCUGCUAGAUAGAGCUGUGGACAGCUUUGAAACUCAAAGGAAUGGACUGGUGUUCAUCUAUGACAUGUGCGGGUCUAAUUAUGCCAACUUUGAGCUAGAUCUUGGCAAGAAAGUCCUAAACCUGCUGAAGGGAGCAUUUCCAGCUCGACUGAAGAAGGUGCUGAUCGUAGGGGCACCCAUAUGGUUCCGAGUGCCCUACUCUAUUAUCAGCCUGCUCUUGAAGGAUAAGGUCCGCGAAAGGAUUCAGAUAUUAAAGACAUCUGAAGUUACCCAGCACCUGCCUAGGGAGUGCCUUCCAGAAAAUCUGGGUGGGUACGUCAAAAUUGACCUCGCUUCUUGGAAUUUCCAGUUCCUGCCCCAAGUGAACGGCCACCCAGAUCCCUUCGAUGAGAUCAUCCUGUUUUCCCUACCUCCUGCUUUAGACUGGGACUCAGUACAUGUUCCAGGUCCUCAUGCCAUGACCAUCCAAGAGUUGGUAGACUAUGUUAACACCAGGCAAAAGCAGGGCAUCUAUGAGGAGUAUGAAGACAUUCGUCGUGAAAACCCUGUUGGCACUUUCCACUGUUCCAUGUCUCCAGGAAACCUAGAGAAAAACAGAUAUGGAGAUGUACCCUGCCUGGACCAGACACGAGUGAAGCUGACGAAACGAAGUGGCCAUACUCAGACAGAUUACAUCAAUGCCAGUUUCAUGGAUGGUUACAAGCAGAAGAAUGCUUAUAUUGGUACACAAGGUCCUUUGGAGAACACCUAUCGUGACUUUUGGCUUAUGGUUUGGGAGCAAAAAGUUUUGGUGAUUGUUAUGACCACCCGCUUUGAGGAAGGCGGCAGGAGAAAAUGCGGCCAGUACUGGCCUUUAGAAAAAGACUCUCGGAUCCGAUUUGGCUUCCUCACGGUGACUAAUCUAGGUGUGGAGAACAUGAACCAUUAUAAGAAAACAACUCUAGAAAUUCACAACACAGAGGAGAGGCAGAGACGCCAGGUGACCCACUUCCAGUUCCUAAGCUGGCCAGAUUAUGGCGUCCCAUCCUCAGCUGCUUCCCUCAUUGACUUCCUGAGAGUGGUCAGAAACCAGCAGAGCGUGGCUGUGGGCAGCCUGGGAGCUCGCUCCAAAGGGCAGGGCCCUGAGCCGCCCAUCGUGGUCCACUGUAGUGCUGGCAUUGGCAGGACAGGUACCUUCUGCUCACUGGACAUCUGCCUAGCACAGCUGGAGGAGCUUGGCACCCUUAAUGUGUUCCAGACAGUGUCACGCAUGAGGACCCAGAGGGCCUUCAGUAUCCAGACCCCUGAACAGUACUACUUUUGCUACAAGGCUAUUCUGGAGUUUGCAGAGAGGGAAGGCAUGGUUCCUUCUGGUCACAGCCUGUUGGCCAUGGACGGUCAAUAACUGUUCCACAAGUUUCCAUCUGCUGGUCAGCCUUCCUUAAACUACCCUGGACACCGUUGAGCCUAUAGGUUGCCAUCAGUUAUGCUGAAGCCAUGGAUCAACCUCUCUCUUGUGUCUCCCAGUGCACAUGUGCACGCAAGGCAGCCUUUCCUUUGGCUAGAUAAAUGUGGUGAACUUGCCACUAGAAAGGGCCAGCAGCAAUGUGUUCUUAACUCCUAGCACCUGCUAUCGAACUGUGCCUUAUCAAAACCAAAUUGUGGCUAUUGAUUUUUGCCAGGGUCCCUGAGGUAAGUGGGGAAGGACCCCUCCCCCAACCCCAUCUCCCAAUGCCAUUCUUCUGGACAUCUCCUCCUUCCCUUUGCUCUGAUUUGACAGGGAGGUUUGGUGAGCAUUCACCUUCCUACCCAGAAAGCUAGACCAAGUUACAUAUUCUAGAGAAUGUCCCGAGUGCCAAGCACGUUUAUACAUAGGGCGUGUAUUCCAGUCUUUUCUGUCAUGCUGUGUGUGUGCGUGUACGUAUGUGCACUUACAUGUAUGGAUCCAUAUGUAUGUGUGUACAUAAUCUAUACUCUAUGUGAUAAUUAUGAUCAUAUACUAUAAAUACAUAUACACACAGAUACUCUUUGUGGAAGUUUCUGGGGCUUUAUGGUGCAGUUCAGCAUCCCUUGCUUCUUGGACCCUGCUGAUUAUUCUGGACUGGCUGCGGUUGGGGAUCAUGGCUCAUGUUGUCAGACAGCAGUGUGAUACAAGUAUCAAGAAGUGACAACACCUACUUUUUUCCUGGGCCACAGGCCCUCUUCCUUAAUGAAAUCUUUCCUUCUGGACUCUAUGCUUGUUGGAGCCAAAAAUACUGACUUAACGGUAACACUGGUUCAAUGCAGCAUGGGUGUCCUUCAUCUAACAGAUUCUGUUUUCUUUGCUGAUUUGGGGAACAGACCUCCACUGUGAUUCCAGACUCUUGUCUUGACCCUAGUGAUGGGGACCAAGGCUAUAAAUGAAUUUACAGAGCUGCCAGAGUCCAAAGUAAUCGGUACGAAGUUUUAAAGGAAUAAAGGAGAGCCCAGAGUGAACAAGAGGAACCUACCAUGAAAUUCCCUUCUUGGGAGGACAAACUGGGGCCCCUUUUUCUUGUGUUGGAAGAUUCCUUUCUUUAUGCAACUCUUCCUUGUCUACUGAAUGCUCAGCUCUUCCUGCCUGCUAGCCUGCCAGAUCCUAGACAGCAAACUGGAUGGGUCUAUGUCUUUAUAAAGCAUAAUCCCUUUGGCUGGAUGAGGUCGUUCCUUGUAAUCACUGGUCCCCUGCCCAUACAACUUGUUCCUGUCUUUCCCCAGUCUGAUUCACCAGGAAUGGAAUCAAGAGUUCCCAACACUGUGUUCCCACAAAACCCUAAGAACCCCUAAAUCUUCCCUUACUCCAGAAGAUGAGGUUGGCAGCUGGUCAGAGCUCAAUAAUUUUAUACUGUAAUAAGAUCUUUGAAUGUGUAUAUUCUUAUUUUUUACAAUCAUUUCAUUUUGUAUUUAACAUCAAUGGACUGAGUCAGAUUCAGUAAAUAAUUGUAAUGUUCAUACUCAAUAUCUUAUAGUGGUACAGUUUUGUAUUUACCUAUAAAUAUACCAACAUGAUUAAA